GUUGAUGGUCAACUUGACCCAGCCGUCAGACAUGUGCAUCCAACCCCCAAUGUCGACCAGCGAGAUGGUAAACAACGAGGUUGCCUCCCUCAUCAGCUCCGCCAAACACCAGUGCACUGACGUGGACUUCCUCAAGGCCAUCGCUUCCAAGAUGAAGGAGCUCCUGGCUAAGGAGAAGAUGGACGUGCCCAGCUGCCAGUGCCUCAACUACUGUCUGCUGUUGCUGCGUAACCUGUUCCACAUCCGGCCCAACAGCACGCCCAACAGCCAGGCCACCAUCGCCCACCAGUGCUUGGUCAGUUCCUUCUUCAUCAACGAACUGGACCAAGUCAUACUGGCCAUGCUGAAUCACAAACUGAAGGAAACGUGGACAAUAGGCUUGUCACAACUGAUUUCCUUCCUGUUCAAAGACUAUAAAGCCCUGCUGACCAAGUACGACAGUGUGCUUGACCACUCCUUCCUCAUGUGGACCGUCGGGUUCUUCCUCAGCUUUGCUCACCAGCAGGACCUCGACUUUUGCCACUUCAAGAAAGUCCUGAACCUUGACCUCUUUGGCUUCCUGGUGUACGAGGGCGUGCUGUGCUGCGAGGCGCUGCAGGUCAAGCACAAACUUAGUCAGGACUGCUCCGUGGAGAAACACAGACUUCACCUUGUGGCCUGCACGCUCAACCAGAUGUUCCGGGCUCUGCUCACCAACAGCAAGAUGGACUAUUUGCAGAACCUGCUCAAGUGCCUGAGCCUGGUGACCCAGCUACGAGACUUGUUCGUUCUGUUGAUCCGCUACUACCUGUCCUCGGAGCAGACGGCUGUGUACCUGCGUGACCUAGUUCAGACCAACCACGUACUCAUGCUGAUGGUGGAGGAGUGGCUAGCUCACGGCUACUUGGGCGAGCACUGUGGCUUCAGCAUGUUGGAGCAUGUCAAACAGACGAGUUCAAAGACCUGAUCGAGUUUGUGCUGGAGUUCUUCAUGUCCAACGCGGAGCAAGACCCGAACACGUGCGCUCAGAAUCUCCUGGACAGCCCGGACCUUGAUGGGGGAGGAGACGGACACGAGAGAAACAGCGGCAGCGGGGGAAGUGGGACAGACGGCUCCCGCAGCGGAGAAAGCGCGAUGAAUGUGAGCAGUAGCUCCGGGGAGGAGUUCGGUGACGAGGAACAGGCUCUCAUCUUCUCCUGGGCCGCUGACCUUGAGGGUAGCAGCAACAUGGCCGACCGGAUCCACCAACGUCUUCAGGAGCACGGAUUUACCAAGACCAAAGAGCAGGUGACCAAAUUCCUGACGGUCAACGGUUUCAUCGAAGAGUUAUCAUCGUCAUCAUCAACGUCAUCGCUCUCCUCAUCAUCAAGGUCGGGACAAAAUGAGGAGUCUCCGGUGCACGAAGGCAGCGAUCUUCUCUCGGAACUGUCGGCCAUGCCAGAAGACAACAUCAUUCCCUUCCUGCUGGACAAGCUCAGAGGCCAGGGGUUUGAGUCUCAGCUGGUGUGGCUGCAGAAACAGCUCCUAGAGACGGCCUACGUCAAGUUAGCUAUCAAAGACUCAGCCUACAGAAUAUAUGUGGAGGAGCCGGUUCCCAAGUUCUUUGCUCUACAAAACAAGUCUGUGCCCAUUGUGCCGUGGAACGAGGAGCUAGAGUCGGCGCUGGCCACCCCAGGGUUCCGAGCGCUACAGGAGAGUCUGGGUCUGCUCACGGCAGACGACCCCGCUGUUCUCUUCGCCCGCAUUCCCCAGUACAUGUCGCCCUCUAUGCUGGUCGGCAAAGCUCGCCAGAUUGGACCCAUUGACUCACUGACCUUGAAGUUUAACGUGGAUGCCUUGAAGGACAGCUCAGACUUUGACAUUGGCCAGGAGGAACCGGCGCCGGUCACCACUCACUCGGGACAGACCUGCAGACCCAGCCGGCCCCUGAACCACCAGUGGCUCAACUUUGUGCUCAAGAAGAACAACAACACCCCCAGCACCAAGGUGGGCGGUGACUGACCAUGCCCACCGCCAUAAUGGCUGUACUGGUGAUCGCUGGAAGACUUAUGUUUGUGACUGCGAGAACGGUGUCGUUUUACUGGUGGCCACUGGAAGCCUUGUGUUUGUGGCUGCGGGAACGGCGUCGUUUUACUGGUGGCUGCGGAAAUCCUUGUGAUUAUGACUGCAGGAAGCCCCAUGUGUGCAUGCGUGUGUGCGAGAGCGGGAAGCCACGUGUGUUUGUGUGCACGAGGGCGGAGCUUGCUUUCUGCUGACAGCGCCUCUGCCGCGGUGGACAUUUUGUAGUGAUGGCUGCUUACUACAAAUGUUGAAAUUUCCACAGCUUUUAUCUCAGGAUCUUUUGAAAUCUCACGCUAACAAGAAUAAUUUCAGAAUUAUUUAUAACUGUUAGUUUCACUUUCAUGCGAGGGAUAAGACAAGAUUCAUCGCGUGCGUUGUGUGAAGGACAAGACAGAUUAGUCACGUGUGUCGUAGGGACAAGACAGAUUAGUCACGUGUGUCGUAGGGACAAGACAGAUUAGUCACGUGUGUCAUAGGGACAAGACAGAUUAGUCACGUGUGUCAUAGGGACAAGACAGAUUAGUCAUGUGUGUCGUGCGAGGGACAAGACAGAUUCAUCACAAGUGUCUUAAACUGCCCGUAGACUGUAUCCUGCAGAUAGGUGUGCUCCUGUUGGUCAUCCCGUCGGACGAGUGACCUGGAGAAGUGCAGCCAAGAUGGAUUCCUCAUCUCCUUCAAGUAUCGUUGGAGUGGGUUCCAGCCAAUGUGUUGGAAAAUUGGAAGCCACGUCUGCUGAGACCCCCCAAAAAUGUGGUGAAUGUUUUUGUUUUUUUGUUUACUUUCAACAGUAGGCAUAAUGUGUGGGAGCCUUGUUGAAAAAUGGAAAAGCACAUUGGCUGAACACUCAAAGCUGAUAUAUUAGCUUAUUGCUCAAUAUUAGUGAGAACCACACAAUUCUGUCAGCUAUAACACCCCCCCCCCCCCCCCCCCCCCCGGCCCGCCCCCCGCCCCGAUCUCUGUUAAAGAAGAUGUGAUUUGCAUAUCUGGAUUGAGCUUUUGUAUUUUUAUUCCAUGUGCAUUCCGUGCCAACUCUCAAGUUGACGACAAGUUUCUAUCCGACGCCUUUGCAUCUUAUUUCUUGUUGUCACAGACGUUUGUCAAUCUUGAAAUGUUCUUAAAUGUUUAGUGGUAUUUUUAAAAAAUGAGUAAACAUUGUGUACAUAAAUUGUCUGUGUUGAAUACAGCUAUCGAUCAUGUGGAAUUUACGGGUCUGAACGUGCAUGUGUGAGUUUUUCGUCAGCAUCAUCAGUUUCCUGCGACUCACCCCUCUCAUUGUACCAAAUGGCAAGAUCACUUCAGGAAUUACUACUGAUGAGUCAUAAUAAUCAUUGAAUGAUGCAUACAUACAUACAUUGAGAAAAAAAAAAAAA